AUGGAGAAAAUAGGAAAUGCGGCUCCGACUUACCAUCCCAGGCCGCCUCCCAACGAACAUCAGCAUUAUGGGCCUCGUUUCCUAGGGCCUGACCAGAAUGAAAUGCAGCCAUACUUCAAAUACUCCCAGUGCAAUGGAAGGAAGAAGGCGCUAUGUAUUGGAAUAAACUAUCUCGGACAAGACGGCGAGUUAAGCGGCUGCAUCAAUGACGCCCACAAUAUUCGCAAUUUCCUUUGCACCCAUUAUGGCUACAGAGAGGAAGACAUCGUCAUGCUCACUGACGAUUCACAGCACCAUCGUCAAAUUCCUACCAGAGAAAAUAUUUUGUAUGCCAUGCGCUGGCUUGUCAAGGAGGCCCAACCCGAUGAUUCUUUGUUUUUCCACUAUUCAGGGCAUGGUGGUCAGACCGAGGAUAAGGAUGGUGACGAAGCUGACGGUUACGACGAAGUUAUCUAUCCUGUCGAUUAUCAAGAAAGCGGGCAUAUCGUCGAUGAUCUUAUGCACGAAAUUAUGGUAAAACCCCUCCCAGCUGGCUGUCGACUUACUGCUAUCUUCGAUUCAUGCCAUUCUGGUUCUGCUCUCGAUCUCCCUUACAUGUACUCCACCGAAGGUAAAAUCAAAGAACCUAAUCUCGCAGCAGAAGCCGGCCAAGGACUUCUAUCAGCGGUGAGCUCCUACGUUCGCGGGGACGAGCGUGGUGCAUUAGAGUCAGCUAUCGGCGUCUUCAAGAGUUUCAUGGGUCAAGGCGAAGCUCAAGAGGCUCAUCAAUACGCUCAACAGACGAGAACCAGUCCGGCUGAUGUGAUUAGCUGGAGUGGAUGUAAGGACUCACAGACCAGCGCUGAUACCCAGGAGGCUGGACGUGCUACUGGAGCGAUGAGCUAUGCUUUCACAACCGUUUUAGCGCGAAAUCCGGGACAAAGCUACGAGCAGCUCCUCAAUAACAUCAGGGAUGUUCUACGAAGCAAGUACAGUCAGAAACCACAGCUCUCAAGUUCGCAUCCGAUGGACACUGACAUAAUGUUCAUCUGUUAA